GUGGGGUGAGGGGAGGGAGAGCAAGAACAGCCCAAAGCAGCUUCACUGAUGGUCCCUUUAUAUCUAUAAAACAGAACACCUCGACGUAUAUCGUGUUAGAGACGCGCUUGUUGCUUUGCUAUUCACUAAACCUGCAGAAUGCCCCUUCCAUCCAGAGAUCUGCUACCGAUGUGUGCAUGGUACUUGUUUGUAGUGCUUCAAUUAGCGUCAGGUAAUUGCAUUGUUCAUCGUAGGGAGUGGAAAGAUGCGUGCGUGAUAUCUGUCUGUCUGUCUGUCUGUCUGUCUGUCUGUCUGUCUGUCUGUCUGUCUGUCUGUCUGUCUGUCUGUCUGUCCGUCCGUCCGCCUGUCUGUCUAUCUACCAUCUUAAUCUAAAUAUACAUAAUAUCUAAAAUGUGUGCCUCUGUAUCGCUUACAGGGGAAUAAACUUGUUCAUCUUAGUUGUUAUAUUAGCCCCUGACCGUCAUAUAUUGAUUAAAGUUAUAAAAGUAAAGUUCAAUAUCGGAGCAUUUUAAAAAGUAAUCAGUUUGAUGAUUUCUUCAAUGGUUUCUUGGAUAUUUUAUAACAAUGGCAUUAUUGGAGUUUUUUUAGGUCCUGAAUUAGGACUUUUCCUGUACCUUGACAAAAAAAAUAAAAAAACUGUAACAUUUUAAAAUGGGUAUUUUGUUGAUGUGUUUUUUUCUUCUUCUUUGUCUUUAUGUUCAGAUGCCAUUCUGCAAUGCUUUUAAUGCAUCAAUGUUUAGGUGUACCAUCACCAGUGAAUUCCGUUUAGCGUCAUUGUUCUUUCUCUGUCAAGAUCUCCUAUAUAUGUCAUUAUUAUCUAGAAUCUAGAGCAUGAAUUGUAUUUGUCUGUUUUCAUGAGGUUGUGUCGAAGACAUAAAGCUGAUACUAUAAAGCAUUUAUCUCAAAAUCUAGGAGUGAGUUUUGGUCCGAGGGAAACCAGAGGUCAGUUGACCGAUGCGAGAAUCACCGAGGCUUCCGGUCUCGCCGUCAGCAGAGUUCACCAGAACGUCGGCUACACCCACAACGAUAAAGGUGGACUUAACGAGAUAUACGCCUUUGAUAUUAUUACCGGAGCUACGGUAAGUUGCUCUUACUGCUCGAAAUAUGGUAAUCAGUAGACGUUAGUUUAUUCAACCCCUUUAAAUUUUUUGGUUACAUAUUUUGAGUUUUAAAAAAAAUGAUAUGAUGGGGGAAAAAACCAAGGCCAAGGGGUUUGUGGUAUUCAUCCAGCUUGCAAGAGUUCGAGCCAACCAUUCAUUAUUUUUUUUGGCGAACAGUUUUGUAAAUAAUUUUUUUUUAAAACCGUAAACACUAGUUUUAUAUGUUUGUGAGGUGUUAUUUAAUAUGUUAACAUUUAUUUUGUAUGUCUCUUUCUUGGAAUAAAACCUUUUUUCCAUGUUUUGCUGAUGAAAAAAAAAAAAAGAUAUUUAUUCUCUAUGUCUUUUAGUAUUUAAAAUAGUCAUAAGGGCGUCGAACGCUUGCUAAAUUGUUUGAAUCUUGUGAAAAAACUUCAGUAACGGAUAUUCAGAGCUUGGCGUACACUUGAAAUAAGUGUACGUGUAGAAUAGCUACUGAUUGGCCCUAAACGGUUAUUACACGUCAAUGGUUAACAAAAAAAUAAUAAUUUAAUAUCAGUGAUGUUCACACUCAUUCACUGCUCAAUUAAAUAGCCGUCACGUGACCCAUGUUUCCGUUCACAGGUGGCCACCAUUGUCAUCAACAAUGCCACAAACUGGGACUGGGAGGACUUGACUUACGGCCCUUGUUUUGAUGAUUGUAACGCCAGUGUUUGUAGGUGAGAAACGACACUUUUUGAUUUGUCAUCUUUUCUUUUUAUAAUAAUAAUUUAUAUAUAUAUAUAUGUGUGUGUGUGUGUGUGUGUGUGUGUGUACGGGGUUUCUUUCAGGCAUCUGUCGGUAGUGCUCGCUGUUGUUCUCCUAUUUUCGGCUCCAUAGACUAGGACUGUUUCGACACAUGUGUUGAAAAUUCUGACUUUGGUUUGAAGAAUCUGCUCAUUUGACUCCCAUAUUUUCUUUAACACUAAUACCAAAGAUGCUGACCUAUCCUUACCCAUUCCAGUCCUGGCAUCCGCUUCGGAUCCAACCAUUUAAGUCAAUGGUGCUGCCUAAGUACGUGAAAGCUUCUACUUCUUCCAGUGCAUAUCCUGCCAGAGAGAUGUCCUCUUGGUUGACUGAGUUUACCUUUAUGAUCUUAUUCUUGCUUUUAUUUAUAUCAUAGAUUAUGUAUGCAAAUUAAAGCAAAAUUUUAUUUAUUUUUAUGCUCCCCCCACGCUAAAACUCUGAAACUAUUAUUUUUUUUAUUAAUAAUAUCAAAGCCCAUUUUGUUACCCCCUCUUGUCCUGCGGCCCGAGACGAAUGUCAUAUCUGCUAACCCUUGGCUACGCCUCUGGUCACUGGCCCUGCCCCCCCCCCACCGAAAUCUUAAAUCCCCCCACCCCCCGGGGUAAAUGUCUGAAAGAAGCACUGUAUAUAUAUAUUGCUUUAUGUCGAGCAAAGAACAGUAAGGUCUGACUAUGAGUUCACCAAAAAUGUAUAUGGGCUGUCCACCAAUGAACUUUAGAAGACUCGCGAAAAAACCAAAAAAAAGGACUAAGAACUCUCUCGCCGUUAGAAGAUCAAAUGUCAACAAUUCCAACUCUGGAUAGUUCAAACAAUUCCAACUCUGGAUAGUUCAACUGGCAGGAGAGCCUUUACACAGCUGUUAUUUUCCUUGUGUCUGUAGACAUUUACAAUUAGGAAAUGUUAAAUAUGUCAAUUUUAAAAUAGAUAGAGAGGAACGGGCUGACGUCAUGGGCGGGAACGGUUUGGUCUAUGUGGGGGGGGGGGGGAGGUGGCGCCAUGACGUAGGUGUACUCAGGGCUACGUAUUUUGCUAGAAUGUAUUUCCUAUGUUCUUGUGACGUGCUUUGUUGGUUGUACGGGAAGUGCGCCAUAUGUUGCCAGAGCUGACUGCAUAUGCACUUAGAACUGACUUCAUAUGUUGUUGGAACUGAUUUCAUAUGUUGUCACAACUGACUUAAUAUUAUUGUUACAACUGAUUUGAAAUGUUGUUAGAACUGAUUGCAUAUCUAGUUAGAACUGACUUCAUAUGUUGUUAGAACUGAUUUCAUAUGUAGUUAGAACUGACUUCAUAUGUUGUUAGAACUGAUUUCAUAUGUAGUUAGAACUGACUUCAUAUGUUGUUACAACUGAUUUCAUAUGUAGUUAGAACUGACUUCAUAUGUUGUUACAACUGACUUCAUAUGUUGUUACAACUGACUUCAUAUAUUGUUACAACUGACUUCAUAUGUUGUUACAACUGACUUCAUAUGUUCUUAUAAUGUGAUUUAUAUGUCGUUAUAAUUUAAAACUGGUUCCUAUAUACAUUCGAACAAACAUAAAUUUCUGUUUUGCAUUCAUAUAUAGAUGUAUGUUAUACUGACUUAUAAUCGCAUACAAUUAUCUUUUGAGCUCACUGGGGACAUAGUGUUAUGUUAGUUAUACUCACAUACAGUUGUAUAUUGAGCUCACUGGUGACAUAGUAUUAUGCUAGACACCCCAUUUAGUUGUAAGUUGAACUCGUAUAAACUUGUUAUUAGCCCUCAUAAUCACAAUUGAUACCAUUGCAUGUUAUUGUACAAAGUGAAAGUCAUAUUAAAAUGCUACUUUAUUUUGUAUUUAUAUGCCCAUCAGUGAAUCAAGAAAUAGAUUAGUAUUUUUGUACUAAAUUGAUUGACAUGCGUUGUUUGACCUAAAUGUCCACAAGCGCGCAGACGCCACCGUCCAGGUAUUGUAUUUACGUAGCCGACACCGGGGACCACGCUGCUCAGGACGCCGCCAACAUCAUCUACGCCAUCAGGGAGCCCUUCGCCUUGCAGGACGCUCGUGUUGACUUGGUGGGAGUGCUCAGGUUCAGGUAGGUCCCGCUGAUGUUUGUUAGCAUUGUAGCAUGUCAUUUUAUGAUCAACCUUCGGGUGAAGUCCUUAUUUGUGGAUGCUGAGAAAAAGGCUCGUCCACAGUUUAAAGCUAUUUUUUCCCCCGGGGUCAUAGGCAAUGUUCCCUCUAAGGUUUGUUGGUUCGUGUGCAAAAUCAUAAAGUUGUGUGCACAUUUUUACAGCAUCAAUUUUUUUUCUGCGCAAAAUUUUACAGCCUACAGACACAAACACACACUUAAGUGGAUAUUAGCUGCGCGGUACUCAAAACUGCUGCGCGGCGUCUCACCUGCUUGUGAGAUUACUGCGCGACCGGGCAGCCACGCAGCUUAAAGGGAACAUUGCUCAUAGGCAGUGGUGGGGUGUUAAAGUAGCAGUUGUGGGGGCCCAAGCGGCAGUAAUGAGUAAUCCAAGCGGCAGUGAUGGGGCGACACUUGUGGGGCAUCAAAAGCGGCAGUGUUAGGCUGUUCAAGUAGCAGUAGUGGGGGGUCCAAACGGCAGUGCUGGGGCGUCCAAGCGGCAGUGGGGAGCGUCAAAAGUGGCAGUGGUAGGGUGUCCAAGCGGCAGUGAUUGGGUGUCCAAGUGGUAGUGGUGGGGCUUCAAUUCAGCAGUGCUAGUGUGUCCAUGUGGUAGUGGUGGGGCGUCUAAUCAGCAGUGCUGGGGUGUCAAAGCAGCUCAGACAAAAAAAAAUAUCUUAAAGUAGAGACUUAAUACGCACGUUGUAUUGUAAUGUAGAGUUAGCACAGGUGGCCAAAAUAGUAAGAACCCUGGCGUCCCACCGGGGAUUUUCCAGGUAUAUCGGGGGGCCCAGUUUAUCGAUCGCCACAGGAAAUAGUUCCUAACAUAACCGUGAUACAUUGACAUAACCAUGAUACAUGACCACCUUUAUCCAUUUCAAAGAAAAUUUAGAACCUUUUUCAUGGGGAUAGAAAUAAAAUUGUUUCAACCAACUUCCCGAUGUUGCCACCGUUUGGAAAAGAUCUACUUAAAAUUAUAAACAAAUGCUUCCCUUCCGAUAAAAUACGGAUAAAAUGUUUUAACAUUUUUUUUUUUAAAAUGCGUUUAACUGAAAUAACUGUAUGGAAACAAUAAAAGAUAGCACGACACUAAAUGGUCUCAUUCAUGGUUCAAUGUCUGACCUUAUUGUGGAACUUUUGAUGACGACAUAAAAUUGGUUGCUGGCGUCUGGCCAGAGAGUUUCUCCCCUGUCCCUUAAAAGAUUGUGUGUGUUUGUGUGCGUGCGUGUAUGUUUGUGUGUGUGCGUGUAGGUGAGUGUGUAAGCGCUCCAUUUUUUUAAAGUUGCCCGCUCAUUUCCUUGUUUGGAAGCCAACACUCAACUCUGUCACUGUGUGACAACGUCCAACAUUUCAAUCGGCGCGAUAUUUUGAAACCCAAAAAUCGGUCAUUGGUUGGUCAAACGCUUACUGGCUCAAGGGGGACGGGUACUUCCAGUACCAGUGACAGAAGUAACCCGUAUUUUUUUUCCACGAAUCCCGUGUACAUUAUAUGUCAUUAUGCGGCGAGUAUACCCCUGAACCAUACCAUUUCUUAUGAUACUCAAUCCCAUGACGACUUUAGGCCUACGUCUCCACAGCGUCCAUAGGAACCCACACGACAUUUUAUCGUAGUGGAGUAUCGAUGACAAUUCUGCAUUGUCACAUUUUAAAAUAAAGUUAUGUUACUUUGUUCGAUUUAUGCCAUUAAAUAACGUUAUGUUAGCAAUGAAAAAAAAGCAGUGUGUUAAUUCGGGUAACUUUUUACAUUAAUUAAAAUAAAAAGCUGAGCUCUUGUAGGGGACGCUCUGUGUUAAACAAUCAUUUAAAAAAACAAAAAAACACAACAACAAGAAAACAAUCCCUCUUUAAAUGCCAUUAGUGAAAGAUUAUUUCAUUUUCUCUACAAUAGCUGGACAGAAGUGGACGCAGAGACCCUUAUGAUGUCACCGAGUGGGCAGCUUUUCAUAAUGUCCAAGGUGGACGGUGGUCAAGCUAAGGUUGCUGAGAUCCCCGCUGCUGCUUGGAACAGAGAUAGGUACACACACACACACACAAAUGUUUGGUCAUUAUGCGAUGAGUAGAUCUGUGGACCAUAACAUUUUGGGACUCAAAAGAACAAUCUAUGAAUGCGUGCCUUACGAUUCUACAAAUUUGGAAUUUGUAGUUAAAAAAAGAAAUAUGAUAUUGCUCUUUCCAGCGUCACGUUGCUUGAUAUGAGUAAAACGGCGGUUCUCAAGAUCAACACAAACAGCAAUGAUCCCCAAGGGGGCGACAUCUCACCGGAUGGAAAGAACGUGAUACUGAUUGGGGAACAUGGCAUUUAUUAUCUCAGGUAUUCUAGGGGAUCGUGAUACUGAUUGGGGAACAUGGCAUUUUUUAUCUCAGGUAUUCUAGGGGAUCGUGAUACUGAUUGGGGAACAUGGCAUUUUUUAUCUCAGGUAUUCUAGGGGAUCGUGAUACUGAUUGGGGAACAUGGCAUUUUUUAUCUCAGGUAUUCUAGGGGAUCGUGAUACUGAUUGGGGAACAUGGCAUUUUUUAUCUCAGGUAUUCUAGGGGAUCGUGAUACUGAUUGGGGAACAUGGCAUUUUUUAUCUCAGGUAUGUCUAUGGGAUCGUGAUACUGAUUGGGGAACGUGGCAUUUUUUAUCUCAGGUAUUCUAGGGGAUCGUGAUACUGAUUGGGGAACACGGCAUUUAUUAUCUCAGGUAUUCUAGGGGAUUUUUUGUGUGUAGAAUGUCCCCAUUUAAAGAAAUGUUACGGCUUAAGGUCCACCUUCUGUCUGGAAAACAAAUCAUUUGUUAAAUCUUGACAGUGUUUUGGUAAAACCUGGGUGCUUCACCUGGCAUAUUAAUGUUGUGGUAAGACUUAGGUGCUUCACCUGGCAUAUUAAUGCAGUGGUAAGACUUAGUUAUUCCACCUGGCAUAUUAAUGCUGUGGUAAGACUAGUUAUUCCACCUGGCAUAUGAAUGCUGUGGUGAGACUUCGUUAUUUCACCUGGCAUAUUAAUGCAGUAUUAAGACUUCGUUAUUUCACCUGGCAUAUUAAUGCAGUAUUAAGACUUAGGUACUUCGACUGGCAUAUUAAUGCUGUGGUGAGACUUAGUUAUUUCAUCUGGCAUAUUAAUGCUGUGGUAAGACUUAGUUAUUCCAUCUGGCAUAUUAAUGCUCUCAUCUUUUCCACCCAGCGUCACAAACAACGACUACAUCAAGUCAGUCCAAGACAACAUACCCGUAGAGGUCAGCACGUACCAAAGGGUCAAGGACAGUGAGGGUAUAGCGUGGUCAAGCGACGGAAAGGGUUUCUACAUUGUAGCCGAGGGUAAAAACAGUACUGUGUAUUUUUACUCCUUUGAUGAGGCUGGACUAAUAGUUGGUUAGCAGCUACAACAAAACUAAGAACUAUGUUAAACUAUUCUGAAAAGAAGUUGAAAAUUGUUGUUUUGUAAUCAAUUUUAUACGAAAAAUAAAGGUUUAUAAACGAGUUGACCAUUGAUCGUUGUGUUAAGCAAAGUUAUAGUUGCACAUUAUUUUCUAAUGAAUUUAAGAGCUUGCUCACCCAGCGGUUACUAAAUCUAAAUUAUUAUUUCCAAAGACAAUAUCGCCACUAAGAGAAUCAGUU